CGAACGAGUAGGUGUUUCCUCGCUCGAGCAGCGAGCGCAAAGACGAUUGUGAAUUCGCUUGUUCUCGGUGUGUGUGUGUGUAUAGACAAAAUGUAAAUGAUGAACAGAUUUAACGGGAGUGACAUAUAUUUUGUUCUCGUAUUUCAUACUUUAUGAAUCCACCUGUGAUAAAGCCGGCUGUGGGUGUUCGCCUUCGGAAUAUUGUGAGACGUCACUUUGUGCAUUGCCCUUAUUCGGAUGAACGGGGGCUUUAGGCUCGAGGGCUUCAUCGUUUCGGGAAAAAUCCUCGGGGAGUAGCGAUUUUCUUUUUUCUCCGAAUUGACGAUCAUUCGGGGCGGGGGGCUCGGUGCGAUUUCUCGGGAGUCAAACGCGUCGAGGGAGCCGGCGAGUGAGCGAGCAGGGAAUCGGAGAUGCAGAGCGGCUGGAGCCGGAGCGGAGCAGCAGGAGAAUCGUUAAAACGAAAUAAUCUCAUUUAGUGGAGUGUGCCGAAGUUCGCACGCUGUUCCCAGCAGCAAAGCGUCCGAAUUUCAUGAACGGUCGGGGGACGAUUAAUUUGAAAGGAAUUCGGACAUAGGGCUUGCCUUCGACGAUUCUCGGAGACGAGAAAUCGGGGAAUCGACGUUUUUUAAAGAUCGUGGAAGAAGGUCAAGGCCAGACGAUCGCGCAUGGGCGAGACAGCAGCGUGGUUCUCUUUAAACUAGUCUCCGUCGUUGUGAAAGCCUCGUGAGUGUGGAAUCGAAAGCGUAGAACACGUAUGCACAGACGUACCAUCGGGGGUUGGGCGUUUCGUAGCGUACGUUGCGAUUCAUCAAUUAUUCGAAAAGCUACUGUAAAGUGAGGGUGUCCGUAUCGCGAGGGAGCUAGAACACGUCGCGGCGAGGUCGUCGAGCGUGCACUUCGCGGAGAAUUCGCCCGCGUUUUACACAUUCAGAAAUCCACACAUAUGCGCAUUAAUUAUAUACGUAACAAUAGCGAGUGAGAAUCGUUGAAAAUAAAAGAAACGAGGGCUCCGGCGGAAGGAUCGAUGUCUGGGAAUCGCGAUGAGAAAGAGCCCGAGGAAACCGGCUCGUACGAAACCGGCGUGAAGGCAGAGGACGCGACGCGAUUACGCGUCACCCUGGCGAGCGUUCUCGCGGGCCUCCCACCAUCGCCCGGAAGCUUGCCCGGCUGCAGUCCGAACUCUUAUCGCUCGGCGACGCCGUGCAGGCUGCCGGAAGCCGCGGUGAUGGACGGUGAUCGGAUUUUGAUCGAAAACGAAAAGCAGAACGCCCACAGUCGAAGACCGAGUCAUAACGAGGCCCCGACGAUCGAGCAGGCCAGUCCUGUGAAAUCGCCUUUCAGUGACAUCGUCCGAUCGAUCGGUUCGCCGAACCCCUCGCUCGCUUCAUCGGGGAACUCUUCUCCCAGAAGAGGUUCAUUCUCGGUAGGCUCUGAUGACAAUAUUGUCAUCGGGCCUUGGGAUCGUGGCAUGGAAAUAAGCGACCGUUGUGCCAUCACGGAUCGAGACAAAUUCCACAAAUCGGAACACCACGCGGUUGGGAAUAACGUGGAGGGGUUCGUCAGCGCGGAGUCUAACGAUUCGUCGAAGGGCUCGGGGAAAAACUCGAGAAGCAAAGUUUUUCCGACGGCCCCGGGAGUCGCGGCGCGCGACGCUUUCGGUCCGAAAUUGACUCACGCAGCUUCCGAGGCUAACCAUCCCUCGCUGCCGGAAACACCGACGCCGGGCGAACCCAGCGAUCCGGAAACCAAAAAUGGACACAUGCAAAAUGGAACUGCGGGCGGAUCCAUCAGUCAAAACGAACCAGAUCCAGAAACUCUCUUCUUCCGCGAUGGGAGACGGAGAAUCGACAUGGUUCUCGUUUACCAGGAAGAAAAUGAGGGAGUAAUGACAGAAACAGAGGCCAAAAAAAGACAGCAGAGAAAAGUAUUUCAAGAGAAUCUUCUCAAAGAAGGUCUUCAGCUCGAGCUGGAACCAAAGGAGAAUUCGUUCGAUGGGAAAACUGCUUUUCUCAAACUUCAUAUACCUUGGAAAGUGAAAAUUCGGUACGCCGAAUUGAUGAACCUAAAGUUGUACACGAAACGAUUCAUCACGAUAUCGGUCAAAGCUUGGGGCGACGAGGGUGGAAAGGGGAAGAAAAACGUUUGGGAGAAGUGGUUGAACUGGUUCAAUUGGAUAAAAAAAAUACAAUCUUGGGACACGAGCCUGUACCCUGAAGAGCCGAGUUUUUACUGCAGCACAGAUUCCGGUGAUCGAGAAGAAAGAUUCGUCGUGAAAGACCGCGAAACGGCCUAUACACCAGCCCAGAGAUCACUCAUCGUAAUGCAAAUAUUGUCGAGAACGAGAUACGACGAAAUUUCGGAAAAAGCUGGCGUAAGAAGAUUGAUAGCUGAUGGCAGCUAUCUCGAUUGUUUUCCAUUGCACGAGGGUCCUUACGACCGACCUGGAUCAGACGGGGUUAUUACCGACAGGCAUUUACUUUACCUCAUCUGGGCGAGACCAUCUCAGUGGUACAAGAGACAACCCCUGUGGUUGAUAAGACGUUAUUUCGGUGAAAAAGUUGCGUUGUAUUAUGCCUGGUUGGGUUUUUACACGAAAGCUUUGUAUCCACCGGCAAUCGUGGGUGUUCUCUGCUUCAUUUAUGGACUGGGAAGCAUGGACAGUCCCGACAACAUACCGACCAAAGAAAUCUGUGAUCUUAAACUCGCUGGUAACAUCACCCUGUGUCCGUUGUGCGAUAGAGCGUGUUCGUAUCGAAGGUUGAAAGACUCUUGUCUGUUCUCCAGGCUGACGUAUCUCUUUGAUAAUCCAGCGACUGUCUUCUUCGCGAUUUUUAUGUCAUUUUGGGCAACGACAUUUUUGGAACUUUGGAAACGUCGACAGGCAGUGAUAGUGUGGGAAUGGGACCUCCAGAACGCCGACGGUGACGAAGAGCCUCGACCCGAGUUUGAAGCUACUGUCAAAACUUUCAGGAUCAAUCCGGUGACCAGGGAACGUGAACCAUAUUUGCCAGCAUGGACUAGAGCUCUCAAGUUUACGGUUACGGGUUCCCUGGUAUUUUUCAUGAUCUGCGUGGUCCUUGGUGCGGUCCUCGGGACAAUUAUUUAUCGAAUAUCCUUAGUGGUUGUGUUCUACGGCGGGGGAGGUGAAUUCUUAAGAAAGCAUGCGAAGAUAUUUACAUCUGGGUCCGCUGCUCUCCUCAACUUGGUGAUGAUAAUGUUACUUACGAGGGUUUACAAUCGGCUGGCACUAUGGAUGACGAACUAUGAAAAUCCUCGAACGCAGACCGAAUAUGAGGACAGCUUCACGUUCAAGAUAUUCCUUUUUGAGUUUGUCAAUUUUUACUCGUCGCUCAUAUACAUUGCGUUCUUCAAAGGAAGAUUCUACGCUCAUCCUGGCGAUGCGGAUGCACGCUCGUCCGAGUUUUUCAGGAUCAAAACUGACGUGUGUGACCCCGCUGGCUGUUUAUCCGAGCUCUGUAUACAACUGGCGAUAAUAAUGAUAGGCAAACAGUGUUUCAAUAACUUCGUCGAAAUAUUGUCACCGAAGUUGUGGAAUUGGUGGCGAAAGAGAACUCACGUCGCUGCGACGACGGAUCACACGAGACCUUACACCUAUUGGGAGCAAGAUUACCAACUUCAAGAUCCUGGCAAACUUGCGCUUUUCGACGAAUAUCUUGAAAUGAUCAUCCAAUAUGGUUUCGUCACUCUCUUCGUCGCUGCUUUUCCACUGGCUCCGUUCUUCGCGUUGCUUAAUAAUAUCGGAGAAAUAAGGUUGGAUGCUUAUAAAAUGGUGAAAGAAGCAAGAAGGCCUUUGGCUGAAAGAGUCGAGGAUAUUGGCGCGUGGUAUGGAAUUCUCAAGGGUGUCACUUACGCAGCUGUCGUUUCGAACGCGUUCGUUAUUGCUUACACGUCCGAUUUUAUACCACGCAGCGUGUACGCAUUCGUUUAUUCCCCAACGAAUGAUUUGGUCGGUUACAUUGACAGUUCUUUGUCGGAGUUCAACACUUCGCAUUUCCGUCCUGACAUGCAGAGCGACGUGGACGCUAUACGACCAGAAACUUGUCAAUAUCGUGGUUACAGGAACGGGCCACAACACAAGGACCCUUACGGACUGAGCCCCCAAUAUUGGCACGUGUUCGCAGCUCGUCUUGCGUUCGUCGUCGUUUUCGAGCACGUGGUUUUUGCACUGACUGGAAUAAUGAGCUACGCGAUUCCAGCGACACCAGGAUCGGUGGCGACGCAACUUCAACGCGAAAGAUUGUUGGCCCAAGAAGCGAAGUACGAAAAAGGAAUCAAGGGUCGUGAAGACGAGGAAGAUCUGAUCUCAGUCUUGAGAGAAGCUGGACACAUGGGUAGAGCAGCUGGCAGGAGAGGAAGCUGGGCAAGAAGAUUUAGCAAAAUAAGUGAUGGGUUGGAUGCUCACGUUGAUAUUGGGACGAGACUCAAUCGUGAGAGCGAAGCGACAUCCACAGUUUGGGAAGUUACGUAGUUCGUUAAGUGUGUUAAAAUUUCAGUGAUGGAAGAAACAACUAAAUCAUUUCGGUCAGAGCAAAAUUUACAAAAACGUGUUCCUCGUUAUAGAAAUUCUGAUAGAUAUUAGUAUGAUUACAAAACCCUGUUGUUUCAAAGGUGUUUCGAAAAAUGUCCUCAAUUCCUGUACGUUUUUAUAACCUCAAGAAAUUUCUAUAUAGAAUUUCUUCAUAGAAAAAAUUUCGAUCGUUCGAAUAAAGUUAUUUUUUGGCGAUCGUAAACAAACCUGGAGUAGUGCAGUUUUUCUAGUAUUUUUCUCACUGAUAAUUUGGUCUUCAAGACCCUGAAGGCCAUUGCUUAAAUUAUUUUUCUACAAAAUUUUGGAAACUGAAGAAAUGAUGGAAACAAAAAGCUUCAAUGCAUUCCAAUAAUUAAAAUACUUUUCUUAUAAAAGACUAGAAGUAUAUUUGAACUUUGUUAUCUAAUGAAUACUGUAUAUAUGUAAUUACUGGCAUUCAUUUGCCAGCAUGAAUUUUGAACUCGUUUACCCAAAUGUGAGUGUCUCAAAUGUAAUUGAGAGUAAAGCUUUUUGUGUACAAGAAAGAACGUUCGAUAUUGGUGAAAUUCUAUCAUUCAAUGAUAAGCUUCCCCGGUGUAAUUGUUAAUUCGCUUGAACAAUGAUUAGAGCCAACUUUUUUGCAAUAAGUUUGCAAAUUGGAAAAAAAUGUAGUUCAGUGGCAACUUUGCUCAGCCUUCGAAAUUUGUUUUGUGGUUCGAUCGUAUUGUUUGUAGAAUGAGCAUGUUAUUUUUCACCAUUUCUCAAAUAAUGUUACUAGUCAUACAAAAUAGCAACUUCUAUGUGUGAUUAUCAUGAAUUGUUUCAAAAACAAUGUUUGCACAUUGAUGACAGACAAAAAGUAGGGAAUGAAAAUUUCUUCUAGCAUUUUCUAUGUUCUGAACAACUCAAUUUUUCAUUUUGAUUCGAA